CAAUUCUCUUGACGCACUGAACUAAGCCCACUUGAUCAAAGUCAUUUUCCCCCCACUCUCUCUCUCUCUCCCCUCAUUUUCUCGCUCUAAGAUUGGUUGAAUAUUUUUCUGAAAGAGGCGUUACUCUCGGAGCAUCUCCUCCAAUCCAAGAUUGUCAUCGCCUUAUCUUUCUUGGAAUUUUAGGGUCAUCUUAACACUCAGCGACAUACUUUUACUGAUCAGAGGUGCACGUUCCCCAGCAGAAGAUAGCCUAGUAUCAUCCUACCAUUUUUUGCUAGUACAAAAUGUUUGGUCUUAAGAAAUCUCCUCUACAUAGGUUUUCUAAACACAACUCGGCUGAUCCCGGGUUUCCUGUUAAUAACCACACUAAUCCUUUUGACUCAGAUGAUGAGUUGGAUAAUAAGCAGACCCUUAAAAGCUCUGGAAGAACAUCUUCACAUGAGUUGGACAAUAAGCAGACCCUUAAAAGCUCUGGAAGAACAUCUUCAGAACCUUCUCUCUUUACAUCAGAUUUGAGUACAAAUCCUUUUGAUGAUGUUGAGAUUAAGGGUACCUCAUCAUCUCAAAACUAUCUUUCUUCGGCAGCCAAAAACAAAUACAAGAAUGAUUUCCAUGAUUCUGGAGGAUUAGAGAACCAGACUGUACAGGAACUGGAAAAUUAUGCUGCUUAUAAAGCUGAAGAGACUACAAAGACUGUCAAACAUUGCCUCAAGAUUGCUGAGGACAUAAGAGAAGAUGCUACUAAAACUUUGGUUACUUUGCAUCAACAGGGAGAGCAAAUUACAAGAACUCACAUGGUUGCUGCCGACAUGGACCAUGACCUUAGUAGGGGUGAGAAACUCUUGGGAAGUCUUGGGGGCAUGUUCUCCAAGACAUGGAAGCCUAAGAAAACUCGUCCAAUAACAGGCCCUAUAAUCACCAGAGAUGAUCCAGUACAAAGACGGGGUAACCACUUGGAGCAGAGGGAAAGAUUGGGAUUGUCUUCCUCAAAGGAACGAUCACAUACACGUACACCAACCUCUGAACCCACAGAUGCAUUGCAGAAAGUUGAGGUAGAAAAGGUGAAACAAGAUGAUGCCCUCUCAGAUUUAAGUAAUAUCUUGGGGGAGCUAAAGGAUAUGGCUAUUGACAUGGGAUCUGAAAUUGAUCGGCAGAACAAAGCUCUGGAUCAUGUUCAGGACGAUGUGGAGGAGCUCAAUUUCCGAGUUAAAGGUGCCAAUCAGCGCACCCGUCGUUUGCUUGGAAAAUGAAAGAGCUAAUAUGAUCCGACUGCUGCUCUUCGCCAUUGGCUUGUAACUCUCUAUCAUCUAUCCCAUGACGUUUCAAUGCAUACUUACAAACUUAACUUUCAUAUCCUUUAUAUUGAGAUUUCCUUGACAUCAAUCCAGAGCUGCUACCAGAUGUUCUCUCUUGGCUGUCUGGUAUAGGUUGCUGCUUUCUGCACAUGUUGACCAGAACAUAUUGUUGAUGUUGGUGAUUCAUUUAAUUGAUAUAAUUGUAGUUCAACUCUA